AUAACAAAUUAUCGUUUUUAUUCCUUAUAUGUUGCUCAUUGUUUAUUAUUUUGAAGAUGGCAAAAUCUCCUUUGUUAAAAGAUACCAAUGAAGGGAGAGUCACGUGAUUUAUCUCUAUUUUUUUUGAGCUGGAAAUUUUUAAAAUUGACUUACUUGUUCACCAUUGUACUUAUAUGUAGCGCAAAAAAAACGAAUAAAGUUGUCUCCAGAAGUACAUCGAUGGUUCGUGAAAAUUAUUGAGCAACAUCUAAAACUCUUAAACAGACGACGUGAAGAAGUUAACGACGAUCUGCUGGAUAUAGCACAACUUUACGUUCGGAAUUCCUGUCGAGUCACUGGAUUGGGUUCAAUGUCAGCGCGUAAAGAGAAAACAAGUUCUCGAAGGAUUCGGCUUUCCAUAGGCGAGAAGACCUCAAGAAAGAUGUAAUACCUAGAUGGAGAACGCGUGGGGCACGUAAGAUGUAACGUGGAAUUUUUGGUAAUAUCGUCCUGUGUGGUAGGGGACGGCGAAGUCUGCUCUCGUCGUAUAAAAGUCUUUGGACACACUGUUCCGAGAAGAGUCAGUCUUCGUCCGAAAACGUGAUCUCAGCAAGAUGGCAAUGAGGUGCAUUGUGGUACUGGUCGCCGCGUUGGCUGUAAUCUACGCUCAAGCGGAACCCGAAUCUGUCAAUCCGAGUCCGCAGCAGACGUUGAUAGCACCCGCGACAUCGGAAAUCGCGCCGCUAAAACUGGAGGCAGUGUCGGAACAGGUGGCCGAGACGCAGUCGCGUAACAAGAGAGCGCCGAUUAUAGGAAAAGCUCUCUUGGGUGGUGCUCUUCUCGGUGCUGGAGCUCUGGGUGCUGGAGCACUGGGUGCUGGAGCUCUGGGUGCCGGAGUCCUCGGUGCUGGAGUUCUCGGCGCUGGAUUAUACAAAGCUCACCAUGGAUACGGCGGAUACGGCGGAUACGGCGGAUAUGGAUACGGCGGAUAUGGAUACGGAUAUCCCCAUUACCACAGCCACCCUGACUACCAUUACCAUUACCAUAACUAUCCCCAUUACAAUAAUUACUACCAUAGUUACCCUCAUCAUUACCAUCGCUACAGUUACGAAGGAUACGGCGGAGGAUACGGCGGAGGAUACGGUUAUGGACCAGGCUACGGUUAUUGGUAAAUUGGCUGACUUCAAUACAUUACAAAUCUCAUCGAUGGGCGGAACUACUAGUUAUACAACUUAAUGAAACCUUUUAUCAUUAUUUAUUAAUGAUAAGAGCCAUCUCGUUUUUACACAACAUACACAUGCGCGAUAUUUAUGUAUUGUAUUUUUUAUACAAAUCAGUUAUAUCUUGUAAUAUAUAUCUUGAAACCACUGUAAAAUAUAAUAAAAGUAUAAUCAAUAA